CAAACCAGAUCGAGGUCCAUCGCCGGUACCUCCACACAUUCCGUGGCUUCCUCCCGCAUAUCUCCUGACACAGAACCUCGCUUGGGACACAUUGCUUUACCUCUGAAUGCAGAUAUAAAGCAGAAAUAACGGAGAAGGUCUAGGCUUUUACGAAAGAAAGAUAUUCAGUAGCAGGAUACUGAGGAGUUCUGAAGGGAGAAUAUUACUAUGGUUUCCAAGCUACAGUGUUUUGUGGCACUCACCUUUGGCUUGGUUGCUGUUCUGUAUCAAAUUGACACUGACACAGAGACAUGGGAGGCAAAGCAGAUGGCAACAAUUUAUGCAACCCCAGAGCAGAUGGAAAGGUUCCUCCUCAAUCCAGAUACAGUAGAAAAGUGGUUCCAGUGGGUCUCUAUUUUCAAAGCAGCUGACAGCCGGCCUGUGGGAGUUGGGAAGAAGUACCAGGCAAUCUAUAAUCUACCUAUUUUUGGUGAAUAUGUGAUGCUUAUGCGUGUUAUUGAAUAUAAACCAAAAAGACUGCUGAUAUUGGAAUCCGAGUCCCUACUUAAGCCUAUGUUUACUGUCUCUCUACAAGAAGACACUCCUAAAUCAAGCCGUCUCACAUUUAAGCUUAGGUACAAACGAUCCUCUGCCCUCUUCCAGUGGACUGUUGGGCCGUUCCUGUGGUUCCUUACUGGCCAGCAGCUCCAACAUUCCCUCUUCAUGCUAAGAAUGAUGUUCCCUUUCUGACGUUUAGAGAAAUCGGCGCAGACUCCAGUCAUUGCAACCAUCCAGCUUUCCUCAUCUGUGUGAAUUAGAAGGUCCAUCGAGGGAACAGUGUUUAUUGAAUAAGAAAUUAUUUAUUUCAUUUGAUGAUAUUUUCCUUUUUUUUUUU